CGCAAACACGCACGCACACCGUACCCCUCAGCUCGCGCCACCGGCCACCGCACACAGAACGCGUGCUCCGUCCGUCCUCCCUCUGCCUCGCGCGCGCAGGGUUAGCGUGAGCUGAUCGAGCAACGAGAGCUAGCUAGCUAGAGGACACGACACGAUGGCCUUGCAGGUCACCGGCGGCGUGGGCUGCUGCUGCCCUCCGGGCAGUGCCCGGCGGUUGCCGCAAGCGGCGGCGCUGUGUCGCCCGCCCCGCGCGGUAGUGUCCGGCGCAACCAGGGUGGUGGAGGAGGACGAGGGCAAGGUGAGGCUGGGCGGCUCAGGCGUCGCGGUCACCAAGCUCGGCAUCGGCGCGUGGUCCUGGGGCGACACCACCUACUGGAACGACUCCGAGUGGGAUGACAGGAGACUGAGGGAAGCACAGGACGCGUUCGAUGCGAGCAUCGAUAACGGGAUGACCUUCUUCGAUACUGCAGAAGUUUACGGUACAGCACUGAUGGGAGCAGUCAAUUCUGAAACUUUACUAGGAGGAUUCAUCAAGGAAAGGCAACAGAAGGACCAGAUCGAGGUGUCCGUUGCAACAAAGUUCGCUGCCCUUCCUUGGAGAUUUGGAAGGGGUAGCGUUCUUUCGGCGCUGAAGAAAUCGCUAGACCGUCUAGGCCUAGCGUCUGUCGAGCUCUAUCAACUCCACUGGCCAGGGAUUUGGGGGAACGAAGGAUAUCUUGAUGGUCUCGCGGAUGCUUAUGAGCAAGGCCUAGUCAAGGCUGUUGGAGUCUCAAACUACAAUGAGAAGCGCCUUCGGGAUGCACAUGCUCGCCUGAAGAAGCGGGGGGUUCCACUUGCUGCAAACCAGGUGAACUACAGCCUCAUAUAUAGAACCCCUGAGUUGAAUGGCGUGAAAGCAGCAUGUGAUGAGCUCGGCAUCACCUUGAUUGCUUAUUCCCCGAUAGCGCAAGGUGUUCUGACAGGUAAGUACACUCCAGAAAACCCCCCUACUGGUCCUCGAGCAAACACAUACACCCCUGAGUUCCUCGCCAAGCUCCAACCACUUAUGAACAGGAUUAAAGAGAUCGGAGCAAGCUAUGGCAAGAGUCCAACCCAGGUGUCUCUGAACUGGCUGACCUGCCAGGGGAACGUGGUGCCAAUCCCCGGAGCCAAGAAUGCCAGCCAGGCCAAGGAGUUCGCCGGUGCACUCGGCUGGAGCCUGACGGGGGACGAGGUGGAAGAGCUACGGACUCUGGCACGCGAGAUCAAGGGCAUCAGGAUGCCCAUCGAGGAGUCGUAGAUACUCUGUAUUUCACCAACCCAUGUCGUAGCAGGCGCUGACGGAGAAGACGACGCAAGGAUCUAGAAAUAAACCAGGUUGUGUAAGUAGAAUAGCUUCCAACGAAUCUCAGGCCUAAGCAUUGUAAGUAUGCAAUAUUCAUUUGCCGAAACCAGGGCUGUACCUCUGCUGCCUGUUCUCUGCUGAAAAAAAAGUUAGGAUGGAAAGAUAGAGACUAUUGUGCCGCAAAACAACACAAAGGAAAUUACUGAAAAUGAAAGAAAAGUUACAACCUGUCCAUUUG